AUGGCCGAUGCGCAUCGCCGCGUGGCCGAUGCGGAAAGAUGCUGUGCUGAGGUCUUGGAGCAGCAGAGCGCAGAAGGGCACAAAUUAAAGGAGGAGUGGCAAAAGAUAACUGCGGCAAGGCAGAAGCUUAAGGAGCAGGCUGCUUCCUCAAGAAAUCUUUGCCUCGUGUGCUUCCAGCUCGCGGACUGGUCCACAAUCCCCUGCGGCCACGCCUGCUACUGCAACACACACGGGCCGGUGGCCAAAGCGCUUGAAGACCGUUGCCCUGUGUGCAAAGGCGACAUCACGGAUGGACUGAAGAUUUUCUUGGGCGGUUUCCAUCCGUGA